AGCUCACACGCUUCUUCUCCACCCAUCCAAGCCGCACCCACUAGCUCCCAGCUGCAGCAAGCAAGCGAAGCUCGUGCGUGAGCGAGCGACCGAGCGAGCUGAAAAACCACCCUACAAAGCUCCGGCUGAGCCACCCGUCCGGCCGGCGACGAUGCCGAUGCUCAUCCCCGACGACGUUCGCGCCAAGGCGGAGAUCUACACCGGCGACGCGGCGGGGCAGGAGAAGACGCGGCUGAUGCUGGCGGAGACGGAGCUCCCCAGCGGCCUCCUGCCGCUCAAGGACAUCAUCGAGUGCGGGUACGUGGAGGAGACCGGCUUCGUGUGGCUCAAGCAGAAGAAGCGGGUGGACCACUACUUCGCCAAGGCCGGCCGCCACGUCUCCUACGCCACCGAGGUCUCCGCCAUCGCCGAGAAGGGCCGCCUGAAGAAGAUCUCCGGCGUCAAGGCCAAGGAGAUGCUCAUCUGGGUCAACCUCCACGAGAUCUGCGUCGACGACCCGCCCACCGGCAAGCUCCACUGCAAGGCCAUCGGCGGCCUCUCCCGCAGCUUCCCCGUGGAGGCAUUCGAGGCCACUGACGCCCUGGCCGUGGCCGUCACCGGACGUCUCAAGAAGAAGACAGAGAAAGAGAGCACCGACAAGAAAGACGAGAAGGAGGAGGAUUCAGCAGAGAAGCCGAAGGAGGAGGCAGCAGAGAAGCCCAAGGGGGCCGCCGUCGCCCCCGCCCCCGCCGCCGUCGAUGAGAUCGGUCAGAAAAUGAAGGAGAUGAACACGGAGGCACCCGUGCAGGCGGAAGCGGUGGCAGCCAAGAACUGAUCGGUGGCGGCGACGGCGACGGCGGCACGUCAUGAUCGGUUACCUAGUCAUAAAUUUGUUUCAGAAUAACGCAUUGCAUUAGCAUGUCAUCAACCAUCCACACAUAUGUAUCACCUGAUCGAUCGAUGAGAGUUCAGUUCGACAACGAUGUAAUUUACUCCUACCUUUUUUUUCUGGUUUUAAUGUGAUGAAAUUUAAUGGA